AUGGACUAUGCUAAAUUCAAACUAGGACGGGCCUUGCUCGACGACCUAUAUGGAUCGGGCAGGCUCGACGACCAUAAGAGGUUGGGCGGGCCUAAAGAUAUGAACGGGCUAGGCGGGCCCGACAAACCGAACGAGUUGAUCGGGCCCAACAAUUCAAAAAAUUUGAGUGAGCCCGAUGAACCGAAUGGUGCAGGUGGGCCCGAAGAUCCGAACGGGCCAAGCGGGCUCAAAGACCCGAACAGGCCAAGCGGGCCCAAUGACCCGAAUGGCUCAAGCGAGCUCGAAGAAUCGAACGGGCUGCCCAAAGACCCGAACGGGACAGGAAAGCCCAAAGACCCGAACGGGCCCGACGACCCGAACGGGCCCGUAGACUCAGAUGGGGCGGACGACUUGGACGGGCCCAACGACCCGGACGGGCCUGACAACCUAGACGGGCCUAACGACCCGGACGGGUCUAACGACCUACACGGGCCUUACGACCCGAAUGAGCACGACGACACGAACAGAUGGCAUGACGACACGAACGGGCACGACGACACGAACGACCGCGUCGACCCGUACGACCCAGAUGGGCUCGACGUCCUUGACGGGGCCUACGACCCGAUCGGACCCGAUGACCCAAAUGGGCUUGACGACCCGGACAUGAUCGACGACUUGGAUGGGCCCGACAACUCGAACGGGCCUGACGAUGUUGACGUACCUGACGACCCAGACGAGCCCCACGACUCGAACGUGUCUGACUACCUGAUUGGGCUUGACUGUUUGGACGGGUCCGUCCGGGUCGUCUGGCCCAUUCGGGUCGUCCGACCCGUUCACAUCGUCGAGCCUAGUAACACAUAA